UCACCUAAGUUCUCGAACGCUUGCCACUGUUGCCAAGAAAUAUGUAUUCUCACAUCAAUUCGUUGGAGAACCUAAACCAACGGAUCUCAUUAUUGUCGAGGAAGUUUUGCCGGCUCUCAAAGAUGGAGAGAUUCUGAUCGAAGCUGAAUACCUCUCCUUGGAUCCUUACAUGCGUGCUUAUGCUCCAUGGUUAAAAACAGGAUCUACGAUGAUAGGCGCUCAAGUUGGUAAAAUCCUCGAGUCGAAACACCCUAAAUACCCAGUGGAUAGGAAAAUUCAUGGUUAUUUCGGUUGGAGAACUCACACGGUCGUCAAUCCAGAUGAGUCAGCGAGCAAAGAACAAAUCAUGAAGGACAAGCCUUAUUUAUUGCCAGACUUUGGACAUUUACCGUCGUCGUUGGCUGUCGGAAUGCUGGGAAUGCCAGGAAACACGGCGUAUUUCGGAUUUAUGGACAUAUGCAAACCGCAAGAAGGUGAGACAGCUGUAGUUAGUACGGCAGCUGGAGCUGUAGGAAUGCACGUUGGACAGCUUGCGAAAAUUCACGGCUUGCAGGUGAUCGGUAUCACUGGUUCUGAUGCCAAGUGUAAAUGGGUGGUCGAUGAUUUGGGCUUUGAUCAUGCUAUUAAUUACAAAACUCAAGAUGUCAGUGCAGCUUUGAAAGAGGCUGCGCCUAAAGGAUUCGAUUGUUACUUUGACAAUGUUGGAGGUAAUAUCUCGACUUCAGUCAUUUAUCAGAUGAAACUCGGUGGUAGAAUUGCCGUUUGUGGUAGUACUUCGUCAUACAAUAGUCCAUCAUUGCCUAAAACCAGUAUCCUGCAACCUGCCAUAGUCUUUAAACAAUUGAGAAUGGAAGGAUUCGUGGUAACUCGUUAUGGGGAUCGUUGGUUCGAAGGUAUCGAAAAAAAUAUGGGCUGGAUCAAAGAAGGCAAAUUGAAAUACAGAGAAACCGUUACGCAUGGUUUUGAAAAUAUGUAUAAUGCUUUUUUGGGUUUGCUGAGAGGCGAAAAUAUUGGAAAAGCUGUUGUUAAAGCAUGAAAGUACAAA